AUGAUUACUAUAUUAACAACAUUCCUAAUUUUCAUAUCAUUUGCUAAUGCUAACCUAUUCAACUUUUUCAAUAAUUUUGGAGGGCAAGAUGGUGGACACAAUAACCAAGAGGGUCAAGUGCAGACACCAGAAGAAUAUGAGAAUGGUAAAUUGAAUACUAGAUGUAAUAGAUACUUAUGUGAAGACACCGGAAUUUGUGUUGACGCUCCUAAAUUCUGUCCAUGUCCUUAUCCAUCAUCUCAAUUGAGGUGCUUUUUACCGGAUGGGAGAUACCUUUGCAUAUCGAAACCUAGUGGGAACCAUGAUGGGAAGUAUGAUGACCCUAACAGUAACUGGAAAGUUGAUGCAAAGGAUAAUAACAUCAGAGAUUGUGGUUGGGUAUCUAGAGCAUGGAGGGGCCUUGUAUGA